AUGGCCUCUGACGAGACUGCUGAGAGGCAACCACAUCGGCGCAGGCGCGAUGACCACGAUGACUACGAGCACGACCGCCACAGUAGUCGUAGGCAAAAAACGCGACAUGACGACAGCGACCGCGAUGUAGACAGACGAGGUGGUUCAAGGGAGCGGAAGCGCCGCGAUCAUAGACGCUCCCGGAGCCCAGAAGACAGGGGCCACAGGAGGAGGUCACGCGACCGGGACCGGGACCGCGACUCUAGGCGGACAUACGAUGACAAGGAGAGGAGGAGUAGACGGCGGAGGGAUAAUUCAGACGAUGAAUCCUCGGAUGGGAGAAGAAAGGAUCGAAAGACCAGAAGGCGCUCCAGGUCAAGGAACGACACAGCACGAUCUUCGAAGCGCGACUCGGACAGGAGGAGGAGAGACGGCUCGCACAGCCGGCGGAAGGAGGACGAUGAAAAGGCCCUACAACCGGUCCGUCACAGCGGGCCCCUACCAUCACAAUCCGACUCCUUCGCCGUAGCCGGUACCGGUGGGGAAGCGGAGCCCGAUAAGCCCAAGGAGAAGCCAAACUUCGGAGCGACGGGGGUGCUGGCUGCGGCGUCGAACUCGGUGCAGCAGGCGGACGGCACCACGAUCACGCUCAAGUACCACGAGCCGCCGGAGGCGCGUAAGCCGCCCGCCCGCGACGACUGGCGCCUCUUCGUGUUUAAGGGCGAUGACCUGGUCGACACGAUUCCGCUCGCGUCACGGUCGUGCUGGCUCGUGGGGCGCGACGCCGCAGUGGCCGACCUGCUGGCUGAGCAUCCGAGCGUGAGCAAACAGCACGCGGUGAUACAGUUUCGGCAUGUUGAGAAGCGUAACGAAUUUGGCGAUCGCGUGGGCGGCGUCAAGCCAUACCUUCUCGAUCUGGAGAGCGCCAACGGAACGCACAUGAAUGGAGACCAGGUCCCGGAGAGCCGGUAUCUUGAGCUGAGGCACAAGGACGUGGUCAAGUUUGGGCAGAGUACACGGGAGUAUGUUGUCAUGCUGUCUCCUAAAGAGUGA